AUGUUCUCUGGUUGGACACGAACACUGCAUGAAAUAUCGAUAUUCCACAACCCAACGUCCCCGUCAUCUCUGAAGGCCCUCGAUACGCUGCGCUCCGCACUUUCUUCGCCGUAUCCUCCCAAAUUGGGUUCAGCCCCAUUGAAUUUCGAUCUUGAGGUCAUCGAAGCAGCCCCAACUGCUGACCAGCUCAAAACCAUACUAUCCUUCCUCCCUUCGAAAAGUAACUCCACUCCUUCCGCUGCUUCCGUAUUCCUUUCCGCUGGCUCUUCGGAUUCAGCCAGUCUUGACUCCAUCGCGAAGCUGGGCCGUGAUGAGCCCAGUGCAUUCAAGUGGCCGGUUGUGGUUGACUGGAAUGCUGGAAGGGCUGUAGUGGGUGAUGGGGCUGGCGUCAUAGAAAUUCUUGACCAACUGCGAAAGAAAGAUAACGAGAAAUGA